AGUUCUAUUUUGACGGCCGGCUCUUACAAAUAUAUCGAUUUGACAUAUCAGUGUGUUGUUUUCGAUGAAUCGAAGACAACUCUGACAAUAUUUUUGUUCGAUAUAUUUUCGACCAGUGCUGCCACCAACCGAAAAAAAGGUCGGUGUGCGCGCGUUAUUUGAAGCCAAAUACAGGAGCAACAACAAUAUGGCGAAACAAAACCCAAACAAGGAAAUACCCAGCUUUACAUCGAUUUGCGGUGCACGACGCAUCUGCUCCAAAUCGAAAAUGUUAUAUACGCGUCCCAAGCCAGAUGUACUCCAGAGCAUAUUACAAUCAAAGGCGAAUUCUGAAUAUAAAUCACGACGUCUAUGGUAUGAACUUAAUAUGCCCGAGUGUGCAAGUCGCUUAUUCGAUGGCCAAAUGCUGUCUGAUCUGCCCGAGAGCAUGGUCUGUGCGAAAUCACGAUCGCGAAACAGAUUAUCCGACAAGUCUGGAGAGGGUGAGUCCAAAGGAAAAUCAACUUCAAACUACAUGGCCAUGCGACAGGAACGGGAGAACUUCCGUCGCAAACUUGUAGAGCUUAUCUUGAAUAUGGAUGAUGAAGAUCGUGAAACGAUCCGCAACCGCAGAUCUGAGUCUGUUUUUCCCGAUCAGAGUGAACGUGAAGUUCUUCGUUAUUAUUACUAUAUCAAACAUGGCAUUGACACAAUACACGUGUCGACUAUUAGCAAAAAGACACUUAAAAGGAUCAUAAAUCUGGUGCCGCCUUUAUUAAAGAAAUGGGAGUCAGCUUUAGUAGAAAACGUUGCCGAGGUACGUUCGGAUUAUGUGUUUGCUAUGAAAAAGGCUGUGGUGGAUUUUGUCUUGAGGCAUUCGGUUUUAGAUCGUUUGACCCAGGAGGGCACGCCAGCCACCUUUAAAACACCCGAGCGACAGGAGAUCAAAAUCUUGAUGAACCACUGGCGUUAUCGUUAUGAUGAGAAUCGCAAUCGUUUGAUGAAAACACUUUUCUGUAUCCAUCGAAGCGUUGCCAGCAUUCUCGAGGUCUGGAGCAUGAAAUACAGCAUGAAGAACAUGGUCAAUAUUGAAGAGCUUAGUAAGGUCGAUAAGCCAUUUACUCUAUUCAAUUUUGUGUAUUUGUGCGGUAGCCAAAUCGAUAUUGCCAAGAUCUUGCUUGAGGACGUGUGGUAUGGUGAGAUCCAUACAACUUUAUUGAGGGCCAGCAAACGUGGCCAAUUGCCGGACAUUAGACGCAUGACGUUGGUGAAACGUUUCUUCAAUUGUGUCGCAGCUUUAAUGACCCAACAACUGGAGGACAUUUGCAUACGUAGUCUGAAAGCUUUUGCUGAUUUUGUCUGCGAUUUUGGGCAUUCGAAUCCUGGAUUUCAAAUCUCCAUAUUCCUAGCCGAAGAGGACACAAUUGCUUUUAAUCCUGGAUUCUCGAAAGUCCAAAGUGAACUGCUGCGGAUAGAUUCGAUUGUGAUGAGUGUACAGUCAAUGCCUAGGAUCGAGGGAAAGCUCUAUACGGAUCUGAAGAUCUCGAAAAAGUUUUACUUGACGCCGACUGUCCCGGAUAGCAUUGUAGCCGAUACAAAGAAUAGGAUUUGUAUGAUGCUGGAGGAGCAAAGAAUUGGACCCGAGCUGCGAUUGCAGGACUUUGAUCAGUUUAUCGAUCUUAUUAAUGGCAUUGAUGCAGAACGUGUUGCACGCUUCAUGGAGAGCGAUGCUACAUUUGAGCAGUACAUUGAUAUGGUCUAUGAGUAUCGGGAGAAGGAGGAUCGGAUUGCGAAGGAGGUGUGGGGUGUAAUAAGGAUGGGAUUGUACGAAUUUCAUCGGGGAAAGUUCAUUGAUCACAUGGAACAGUUGGCGAGGCAAUUGCAAUCGGAUCUGCUUGCCAGGAUGGUAGCUGAUCAGCAAGCGAGGAUCAGUCGACUAGGCAAAGAGUAUGAUACGAUUGCCAAGAAGGCAUUGACUGUGCCCAAGGAUACGGCGGAAUUGAUGGAACUUAAGGCUUAUGUGGUGCAUGCCGAGGAGAAUCUGGUGCCGGAUAUGGAGACGCGCCUAAAGGUCAACAUGACGGAGAUACUCUGGUUAAUGGAUCACACGCUGUACUCUCCGUUGGAGAUCAAGAACAACAGCAACUCAUUCCAAUGGUAUCUGAAAUUGGCCUCAGUUUUUGAACAGCAUCGGGCCAUUAUCGCGGAGAAGAUGAUCGAGUACCAGGAGUUGCUCAAGAAGCGCAUCGAAAUGUUCCGUCGGGAGUUGCAGAAUUACUACGAUCAAGUGCAAACCUACGACACUUGGGGUGACAUCAAGCAGCUGUCAAAGUAUAAAAAACGAGCAACAGUUUUAGAUCAACGUCUGGUCACUGCCAUGGAGACCAUCGAUCAGAUAAAUGAGGAGGAAACAUCCUACGGUUGGGAUCUCUCCCAAUAUCCCGUGCGCAAGAAGACCCACGAUCAGUUGAAGCCCUAUAAAAAUCUCUUUGAUGCUGGACAGGACUUUAUAGACAAGUGGGAACUAUGGAUGUAUUCCCAAGUGGGAUCAUUUGACCCGGAUGAAAUUGAUGGUGAUGUUGCCAACUUUUAUCGUGUAAUACAAAAACUGGAGAAGCUUAUGGGUGAACAUCCCACCACGAUGCAGCUAAUCUUGGAUGUCAAAGAUCAAAUCGAACAAUUCCGUGGUCAUAUGCCAAUUAUUAAUACACUAGGAAAUCCUGGCAUGAAGUCGCGUCAUUGGGAACAAGUUUCUGAGAUUAUUGGCUUCCCUAUUAAAGUCUCGCCGGAGUUGACUCUCGAGAAGAUUAUUGAAUAUCAAUUGGAUGAGUAUGUGCCCAAAUUCGAGGCGAUUUCAGAAAGCGCUACCAAAGAGAAUAAUCUUGAAAAGGCCAUGGCUAAAAUGGCCAACGAAUGGGAAGGUGUUGAGUUCAAUAUAUCGCCAUAUAGAGAUUCUGGUACCUUUAAGCUGUCUGCCGUGGAUGACAUACAAAUAUUGCUGGACGAUCAAAUCAUCAAGACGCAGACAAUGAAGAGCUCACCCUAUAUCAAACCAUUUGAGGCAGACAUACUCAAGUGGGAGGCUAAGCUCAUGUUGCUGCAGGAAAUCCUGGACGACUGGUUGCGUGUCCAGGCUACCUGGAUGUACUUGGAACCUAUUUUUAGCAGUCCCGACAUACAGCAACAAAUGCCCGAGGAAGGUCGUCGCUUCAGUGCUGUGGAUAAGAUCUGGAAGGAGCUGAUGAAGCAAGUGGCUUCAGAUUCUCGUGUCAUGACCGUUGUGCAAAUUGAUAAGAUGAAUGAUAAGCUAAAGAAGGCCUAUUACUUAUUGGAAAAUCAAAAGGGACUUAAUGCAUAUUUGGAGAAGAAACGUUUGUACUUCCCGCGCUUCUUCUUCCUGUCCAAUGACGAGUUACUCGAAAUACUCUCGGAAACAAAGGAUCCAACACGUGUGCAACCGCAUCUCAAGAAAUGCUUUGAGGGUAUCGGCACAUUGAAUUUCACUGAGGAAUUGGAAGUUACAGCAAUGCGUUCCUCAGAGCGUGAGGAGGUCAUUUUGGUGGAUGUCAUCUCAACAGCCAAGGCACGUGGUCAGGUCGAGAAGUGGCUACUCGAACUCGAGUUUGAUAUGAAGAAGAGCUUACAUCACAAGAUAUCGGAGGCAUUCUAUAGUUAUGUGAAGAUGCAGCGUAAUAUCUGGGUAUUGACCUGGCCAGGUCAAUCUGUGCAGUCCAUAUCGUUGACCUAUUGGACUUUAGAGAUAACUGAAUGUUUUGUCAGCGAGACGCCGAAAGAAAGUCUGGCCAAAUAUCUGCAAAAGUGCAUGAUGCAGAUCAAUAAGAUCGUUGAUCUCGUGCGAGGUGAUCUCAACACUCAGAAUCGUAUAACACUUGGAGCUUUGGUUGUGUUGGAUGUCCAUGCUCGGGAUGUGCUCGCUGAGAUUGUCGAGAAAGAAGUUGAGGAUCUGCAGGACUUCCAAUGGCUGUGCCAGCUGCGUUAUUAUUGGGAGGAUAACAAUUUGGAUACACGCAUGAUCAACUGCUCGUUGCCUUACGGAUAUGAGUAUCUCGGGAAUACUCCUCGUCUUGUGGUUACUCCACUCACAGAUCGUUGCUAUCGCACUUUGUUUGCCGCCUUGAAUCUGCAUUUGGGCGGCGCUCCAGAGGGUCCAGCUGGCACAGGAAAAACGGAGACCACCAAAGAUUUGGCCAAAGCUGUGGCGAAGCAAUGUGUGGUCUUUAAUUGCUCAGAUGGCUUGGAUUAUUUGGCACUGGGCAAGUUCUUUAAGGGUCUUGCUUCGUGUGGCGCCUGGUCGUGCUUUGAUGAGUUCAAUCGUAUUGAUUUGGAGGUGUUGUCGGUGGUUGCCCAACAGAUUUUGACUAUACAACGUGGCAUUAAUUCCGGCUCCCCAACGCUGGUCUUUGAGGGCACCACUUUGACUUUAGAUCCCACUUGUGCUGUAUUUAUCACCAUGAAUCCUGGCUAUGCGGGUCGCUCUGAGUUGCCGGACAAUUUGAAGGCUCUCUUCCGUUCCGUGGCCAUGAUGGUGCCGGAUUAUGCUUUAAUUUCGGAAAUUGAGCUGUACUCCUAUGGCUUCCUCACCGCCAAACCGCUCUCGGUCAAGAUUGUGGCUACUUAUCGCCUAUGCUCGGAGCAGUUGAGCACCCAGUGUCAUUACGAUUAUGGCAUGAGAGCUGUCAAGUCUGUGUUGAAAGCAGCUGGUGCUUUGAAGCUGCGUUAUCGCGAUGAGAAUGAGGAUAUUCUCGUGCUGCGCUCCAUUAAGGAUGUCAAUUUGCCCAAGUUCCUUAAUCAGGAUAUACCGCUGUUCCAAGGCAUUACCUCCGAUCUGUUCCCAGGUGUAACACUUCCCGAAGCCGACUAUGUCGUGUUCAAUGAGUGCACUCAAUGGGCGUGUGAAAAGCAAAACAAACAAUGUACACCUUUUGUGCUGGAGAAGGUGCAACAGCUCUACGAGAUGAUUGUGGUGCGGCAUGGUCUGAUGCUGGUGGGUUAUCCAUUUGGUGGCAAGACCACAACUUAUCGCGUGCUCGCCGAGGCUCUCGAGUGCAUGGAGAAGAAGGAUGGUUCCGAGAACAAGGCAAUCUUUACGAUUAUCAAUCCUAAAGCUAUAACAAUGGGUCAGCUAUAUGGUCAGUUUGAUGCGGUGUCUCACGAGUGGAGCGAUGGCAUUCUGGCUGUCAAUUAUCGCAUCUUUGCAGUCUCCGAUUCUCCCGAUCGGAAAUGGUUAAUCUUUGAUGGUCCUGUGGAUGCCAUUUGGAUUGAGAACAUGAACACUGUGCUGGAUGAUAACAAGAAAUUGUGCUUGAUGUCUGGUGAGAUUAUCCAACUCUCCAAUACGACGAAUUUGAUCUUUGAGCCAAUGGACUUGGAGGUGGCUUCCCCAGCGACAGUUUCCCGCUGUGGCAUGAUCUAUUUGGAGCCCAGUUCCUUGGGUUGGGAGCCUUUAGUCACGUCCUGGAAGAAUACAUUACCCGCCUCAUUUCACAGCGUUAGCAAGAACUUGAUCUCUAUGCUGAUACAACGUUUCUGCCCCUUGCUUCUCCAUGUGGUGCGGAAAAGUCUGCGGGAAAUUGCGCCCACUUCGGAUACAAAUCUGAUGGUCAGCUUGAUGAACUUUUUCGAGUGUUUCAUUGACGAUUUCCGUGAUGAAAAGUAUGUGGCAAAUAUAUCCGAUUUGGACUUCCGAGCACAGGUCGAAGGAAUCUUUUUGUUCUCAGCCAUUUGGUCACUUGGAGGUUCGUUGACUGCCGAAAGUCGAGAGAAGUUCAAUUUGAUAUUCCGUGCAUUGUUGGAGAAGACAUUUCCACAGAGCAUGUACGAUACUUAUGGCAUUACAGAGGAUCUAUAUGUGGAUACGCUGGCCAAGCCUUUUAUCUUUCCGAUUCCCAAACAGGGUUCAGUUUUUGACUAUCGUUAUAUUAAGGAGGGCAAAGGCAAGUGGAAGCCUUGGCAGGAUGAUGUCAACUCUGCACCUCCCUUGCCACGUGACAUACCCGUCAAUCAGAUCAUCAUACAGACCAAUGAGAGUGUGCGAAUAGCUGCUGUAAUUGAUCUUCUGGUGCGUCAUGGAAAACCUCUGAUGCUGGUCGGACCCACGGGCACUGGAAAGAGUGUCUAUGUCAUUGACUUCAUGUUGACUCGAAUGGAUCUGUCAACUUAUAAGCCCCUUCUGAUCAGCUUUUCGGCUCAGACGUCUGCAAAUCAGACGCAGGAUAUUAUUAUGUCCAAGCUGGACAAGCGGAGGAAGGGCGUCUUCGGUCCGCCCCUGAAUAGUCGCUAUGUUAUAUUUGUGGAUGACGUUUCGAUGCCACUUAAGGAGAAUUAUGGCGCCCAGCCUCCGAUCGAAUUGUUGCGCAUGAUGUUGGAUCACAUGAUGUGGUAUGAUCGAAAGAAUAUAGUGCCCAUGAAAUUGAUUGAUCUUCAAAUGAUUGUCGCCAUGGGUCCUCCAUCGACGGGAAAUACGGUCACGCCGCGUUUUCAGCGUUUCUUCAAUGUCAUCUCAAUUGAUGACUUUAAUGAUGAUAUUAUGAGUACGAUCUUUGGCAAAAUUGUGCUCUGGCAUUUGGAUACGCGCGGCUUCUCGAAGGAAUUUGAUCCUUGUAUCGAUGAAAUUGUUAGUGCCACUUUAUCGGUUUACAAUGAUGCCAAAUUGAAUCUUUUGCCAACGCCUGCAAAGUCGCAUUAUUUGUUCAAUUUGCGUGAUUUUUCACGUGUUAUACAGGGUGUGCUGUUGUCGGUGCCGGAGGCAACGGAGGAUAUGAACUCGAUGCGACGUCUUUGGGUUCAUGAAGUGCUGCGAGUCUACGGAGAUCGUUUAGUGGAGGACGCAGAUCGCACUUGGUUAUUUGGAAAACUUUGCAGCACCGUUCAGGAAUGCUUCAAUAUAGAUCCAUCAAAAUUAUUUUCCCGCUUUGUAGGGAAAGAUAAGAAACUGGAGGAGGCCGAUUUUCGUCAAUUGAUUUAUUGUGAUUUUACGAAUCCAAAAGCAGAUACCAAGAAUUAUGUUGAGGUACAGGAUCUGGAGGAAUUGCGUAGUGUUGUGGAGGCCUAUCUUGUUGAAUAUAAUAAUAUGUCCAAGAAACCAAUGAAUCUGGUACUUUUCCGCUUUGCCAUCGAGCAUUUAUCGCGCAUAUGUCGCAUUAUAAAGCAGCCACGUAGUCAUGCUCUGCUCAUCGGUGUCGGAGGCUCCGGGCGUCAGAGCUUGACUCGAUUGGCUUCGCAUAUAUGUGACUAUGAGCUGUUCCAAGUGGAAAUCACACGAUUGUAUGGUCCCUAUGAGUAUCAUGAGGAUAUCAAAUUAAUAUUACGCAAGAUCGGUGCAUCCGAAAUGCAUGGUGUGUUCCUCUUUACGGACGUACAGAUUAAAGACGAAUCAUUCCUGGAAGACAUAAAUAAUCUGUUGAAUUCCGGUGAGGUGCCCAAUCUCUUUUCCAACGAGGAGAAAAUCGAGGUGGUCGAGAAGAUGGCACAAAUCGACAAGCAGCGUGAUAAAGCCGUACAAACUGAUGGCAGUCCCGUGGCCCUAUUUAAUUUCUUUGUGACGACCUGCAAGGACCAGUUGCAUAUAGUGUUGGCCAUGUCGCCAAUUGGAGACGCUUUGAGAAAUCGCAUUAGAAAGUUUCCAUCGAUUGUCAAUUGUUGUACGAUAGAUUGGUUCCAGCCUUGGCCAGAAGACGCCCUCUUGGCGGUGUCCACUCGCUUCCUGGCCUCUGAGGAUCUAACUGCACUGGAGCGUAAGACAGCAAUAGAUAUGUGCAUGGAAUUCCAUACAUCCACACAGGAGUUAUCAGCAAAGUUCUUUACAAGAUUACAUAGAUAUAAUUAUGUGACGCCCACUUCGUAUUUGGAAUUGAUUCAGACAUUCAAAUCGCUGUUAAGUCAGAAAAGAAACAACAUUACUAUGAAUCGCAAUCGUUAUUUGACGGGUAUUUCACAGCUGGAUAUUGCGGCACAGCAAGUGGGCGUAAUGCAGGAACAAUUGCAGGCCUUGGAGCCCAAGUUAAAGGAAGCCUCGGAGAUUGUUGCCGAGCAGGUGGCCAAGGUGACGGCGGAUAGCAAAGUCGCUGCGGAGCAAAGAGAAUUGGUUAAACUGGAUGAACAGGCGGCAAAGGAGCAGGCAGCUGUUGCCCAAGAAAUCAAAGAUGAAUGCGAUGCCAAGUUGGGUGAAGCGCUGCCCAUUUUGGAGUCGGCCUUAUCCGCACUUAAUACCCUUACUACCGCUGAUAUUGCUGUGGUGAAGACCAUGAAGAGUCCUCCGAUUGGUGUGCGGAUUGUUAUGGAGGCUGUUUGUAUUUUGAAGGACAUGAAGCCUGAUAAGGUGCCCAACCCCAGUGGCGUUGGGACCGUGGAAGACUAUUGGGGUCCCUCGAAGCGUGUGCUCAGCGAUAUGAAAUUCUUGGACAGUUUGCUCAACUUCGAUAAGGAUAAUAUUCCGCCCGAGGUGAUGAAGAAAUUACAACAACGUAUUCUCAGCAAUGAAGCCUUCGAUCCGGAAAAGAUCAAGUCGGCAUCUACGGCCUGCGAGGGUCUCUGUCGUUGGGUUAUUGCGCUCUCCAAGUACGAUGUUGUAGCCAAGAUUGUAGCGCCUAAAAAGAUUGCCCUCGCCGAGGCAGAAGCUACCUACAAUGCGGCCAUGAAACUGUUAAAUGAAAAGUUGGCUCAAUUGGCGCGUGUCGAGGCGAAUUUGGCAGCCAUUCAAAAGAUUCUUGAUGAACAGUUGCGGCAAUAUGGUAUUCUACUCUCGGAGCAUGAAGCCUGUACCAAGAAACUGCAACGUGCUCAGGAACUCAUUUCUGGAUUGGGAGGAGAACGUACUCGUUGGUCGGAAUCGGCUAAGAUGCUUCAAGCCAGCUUUAAGAGCGUCACAGGUGACGUGCUCAUCUCUUCGGGUGUUGUCGCCUAUUUGGGUCCUUUUACUAUCGAUUUUCGUCUCUCACAAAUCCACAAAUGGGUGACAAAGUGCAUAGAUUAUGGAGUCACCUGUACUCCGGACUUUCAGCUGGCCACUGUGCUCGGUGAAGCUGUUGAGAUUCGUUUCUGGAAUAUUUGUGGAUUGCCUACGGAUGCAUUUUCUGUUGAAAGCGCCAUUAUGAUGAAGAAUGCACGACGUUGGCCUUUAAUGAUUGAUCCACAGGGACAGGCCAAUAAAUGGAUUAAGAACUACGAGAAAAAUAAUAAAUUGUGUGUCAUUCGAUUGAAUCAAGCGGAUUACACGCGUGUGCUGGAAAAUGCAAUACAAUUUGGUUUACCUGUGCUGCUGGAAAACAUUGGGGAGGAGUUGGAUCCCAUACUGGAGUCCAUAUUGCAGAAGACUCUGUUCAAACAGGGUGGCACACUCUGUAUUAAACUGGGUGAUUCGGUUAUUGAAUAUAAUCAUAGUUUCAAAUUCUACAUGACCACGAAGCUAAGAAAUCCCCAUUAUCUGCCCGAAGUGGCGGUCAAGGUAACUCUUUUGAAUUUCAUGAUUACCACACAGGGAUUACAGGAUCAACUGUUGGGUAUUACCGUGGCACGUGAACGACCCGAUUUGGAGGCGGAGAAGAAUAAUCUAAUUGUACAGGGUGCUGAGAAUAAGCGCAUGUUGAAAGAGACUGAAGAUCAGAUAUUGGAGGUACUUUCGUCAGCCGAAAAUAUUCUCGAGGAUGAAACAGCUGUACAGAUUUUGAGCUCAGCUAAAGCCUUAGCGAAUGAUAGCGAAAAGCAAAUUAUUACGGAGGCUACAGAAAAACAGAUCGAUUUGGCACGUCUCAGCUACGUUCCCAUUGCUGAACAUUCAACGAUUUUAUUCUUUACCAUAGUGGAGCUUGCUAAUAUUGAUCCCAUGUAUCAAUACAGUUUGGUUUGGUUUGUCAAUCUAUAUAUGGGUUCGAUUGACAAUACCGAAAAGGUCGAUGAUAUUACAGCACGUUUGGCGGACUUGAGAAAUCAUUUCACCUACAGUCUGUACGUCAACAUCUGUCGCAGUCUGUUCGAGCGUGAUAAGCUCUUGUUCUCGCUCAUAUUGAACAUCAAUCUGAUGAAGCAUGAAAACCUGAUUGACAACGCCGAAUGGAUGUUCCUGCUCACUGGCGGCAUUGGUCUGGAGAAUCCAUACAAGAAUCCCGCACCCUGGCUGGGUGUACAAAAUUGGGAUGAGAUUUGCCGUCUGUCGAAUAUUCCAAGUUUCAAAGGACUACGCGAAGAUGUUACCGCCAAUCCAUCCAAUUGGAAGUUGCUAUUCGAUGCCAAGUUUCCCCAGGAUAAUCAAUCUGUACCCAAGGAGUGGUCAAAACGUCUAAGUGUAUUUCAAAAGUUAUUGUUGCUGCGUUGCUUCCGACCUGACAAAUUGGUGCCAGCUGUGCUGAACUUCGUCUCGGGAGAGUUGGGCGCCAAAUUUGUGGAUCCACCGCAGUUUGAUUUGAGUGCAUCUUUUGGAGAUUCACAUUGUUGUGUGCCAUUGAUUUUCAUUCUUACUCCCGGCUCGGAUCCAACGGCUACACUUCUUAAAUUUGCUGAGGAUCAAGGCUUUGGAACGAAUCGCUUGUUCUCUCUGUCCUUGGGACAGGGACAGGGUCCCAUUGCCAUCAAGAUGAUUGAUGAGGGCGUCAAACUGGGCAAUUGGGUUGUUCUACAAAAUUGCCAUUUGGCUGCCAGCUUUAUGCCUUCUUUGGAGAAGGUCUGCGAGAAUCUCCUACCCGAUUCAACGCAUCCAGAUUUUCGUUUAUGGUUGACUUCCUAUCCGGCCGAACAUUUUCCGGUUGUGGUGCUGCAGAAUGGCAUCAAAAUGACUAAUGAGCCGCCUAAAGGAUUACGCUCUAAUAUCCUACGAUCUAUGAUAAGCGAUCCUAUAAGUGACCUGGAGUGGUAUGAAUCCUGCACUCAACCUCGUAUCUUUAAGCAGUUGAUAUAUUCGCUGUGCUUCUUCCACGCUGUCAUCCAAGAACGUCGUUACUUUGGACCCAUCGGCUGGAAUAUUCCCUAUGAAUUUAAUGAAACGGAUUUACGCAUAUCCCUGAUGCAGUUGCGCAUGUUCCUCAAUCAAUACGAGACUGUUAAUUAUGAUGCCCUGCGUUAUUUGACCGGAGAGUGUAAUUAUGGUGGUCGAGUCACCGAUGAUUGGGAUCGUCGUACCCUGAAAACGAUAUUGGAUAGGUUUUAUUGUCCUGCUAUCAUUGAUCUGGAGAAACCAUACUAUUUGGAUGACACUGGAUUGUACUAUAUACCUGUCUUCAAGGAUGUCGAUUUAUAUUUGACAUUUACAAGGGAAUUGCCACAGAUCUCUGCUCCAUCUAUUUUCGGUUUCCAUGCGAAUGCCGAUAUUAUGAAGGAUCAACAGGAGACUGAUAUGUUGCUCUCACACACGUUGCUGACACAGAAACUGGAGAAAACCCAAAGGGUUUAUGUAGAUGUUUUAUCGAAACGCUAUCCCGAAAACCUAUCCUUACCCACCUGUCCCACAUGUCCACCCUUCCUUGCGCUCUACAAUAUGCCACUUAAGGACACAAGCGGCUCCCAAGACGAUAGCGAAGGCUCCAAGGCGUUGACCCCCGAAGAGGUCGUGACUAAUGUCGCCACUGAUAUACUGGAUAAACUUCCCAAGUUGUUCGACCGGGAUGAAGCUCUAUUGCGUUAUCCAACUCGAUAUAAUGAGAGCAUGAAUACGGUCUUGGUACAGGAAAUGGUGCGAUUCAACGUGCUUCUCAAUACAAUAAGAACGAGUCUCAUUACAUUGAGGAAGGGCAUCAAGGGUCUCGUGGUAAUGUCCGCUGCUGUGGAGGCGGUCUAUAAGUCUGUGCUUAUUGCCAAAAUACCUGCUAUGUGGGCUAGCAAGUCCUAUCCCAGUCUCAAACCACUUGGCAGCUAUGUCACGGACUUUUUGCGUCGUUUGGAAUUUCUGCAGCAUUGGUAUGACCAUGGCGCUCCAUCGACCUUCUGGUUGUCCGGGUUCUUCUUUACCCAGGCAUUUUUGACGGGCGCCCAGCAGAAUUAUGCCCGUAAAUAUGUAAUUUCCAUAGAUCUGUUGGCUUUUGACUACGAAGUACUUUCGCUGGAGGAGCAUGAAAUGAAGGGUACUACAGCACCUGCUGAUGGUGUCUACGUUUAUGGCAUCUUUCUCGAAGGUGCCUGCUGGGAUCGCAAGAAUAAAUAUUUAGCUGAAUCACGACCGCGAGAACUUUUCGAUACAAUGCCUCUCAUUUGGUUAAGGCCAUUGAAACGCAGCGAUUUACCAGAGAGACAUACCUAUACCUGUCCUAUGUACAAGACGGCUGAGAGACGUGGUGUUUUGUCCACCACAGGACACAGUACCAAUUUUGUGGUCGCCAUGCUCCUCAGCUGUAAUCCAAACACACCAAUUGCCCAUUGGAUAAUUCGCGGAACGGCGCUUCUUUGCCAGUUGAGUUUCUAAAUUGCGUUGAAAUACUCGAAAUCGGUAAACACGAGUCUAUAUUUUCUAUAUUACAUGCUUUAGCUUGAUUAUGUACAUCUAAAUAUGUAUAAAUAAAUUAUCAGCUAGAAUGUUGCAGAAGAUCAGAUAGAUUAGAUCAAUGCUCCACAUAUGUGAAUAUAA